AUGUCUCUGCAAAAGAAAAUCAAAAUUCAAGAAAUACCGCAUAAGCCCCAACAAAGCCAAUCAAUUAACAGGAAAAUUCCGUUGCAUCGUAAUUCUUAUUCAGGCGCAAGUUUAGACUUAAACAUGAAAAAAACUCCGGCUUCUAUACGAAUAAAAAAAUCUAAGCCUCUCCAAUUAAAUGCUCUAGAAAGGCUGACUUUUAGUUCAGCCCUUUCUAACCAUAAAAAUUUCAAUCUGAUUAAGCAGUUUAAAACGGUUGAUUUGAGAACUGAUUACCCAGAAUUUGAAUUAUUAGGCAAAAAUAACAAGUCGGCAUCAAAAAAAACGCUACUUAUAAGAAAUAAAAUUAUUUCGCCAAGAUUUAGCGCUCCGAGCUCGCCUUCGAAUAAGGCUACUACUAAUACAGAUUCAAAAUUUUGGCCUAUUUAAUAGAAGUUUCUACCAAAAAAGAUAAAUGAUAUAAAAAAUGCAUUAUUAGAAUAAUAAAUGAUGGCUAGAGUAAGAGAAAAUGGGGUUUGCAAGACUGAUUUGAAGAGAUUGAAAACGAUGAAGAAAAAAAGACUAAAAAACUGCUGCAUGAGCUUGAUGUAUUUUUUCACUAA